ACACGUCAGGCUCCGACUAUCUUGCUUGGCAUGCCAAGUGGGUUCCUCACUAGAGCCUAUAAAUACCCUCCAGUGGACACGUCAAAAAGAGUGCAGACGCGGACUGAAAAAGGACAUCUGGUUUUGGUGCAAUUACAAUAUGGGAAACCCCCAGUUCUAGCAAACUACACCCCACCUUGUCACUGUCCAUCUCACGAUUUCUCUAAAAUUGUCCUUGACUGGAAUGCCACCUGCAAAGGAAGGCAAUUUGAUCGGAUUUUUGGGAUCUGGCUGGAUGGGGUCGUGCUUCUUAGGAGCUGCACUGCAGAGCCAAGAGCUACUGGGAUUGUGUGGAGUGUCAAGAGGGCCAUAAGAAGGUAUUACUCUUUGCUUGUUAAGAAUGAGACACAAAGUCUUGCUGUUUAUUUGGGUAAUUUAGUUGAUCGAACUUGUACUGGCGUUUAUCACGUGGACAUAACUGUUUAUUAUUACCCUGCUGAGAAGAAAUUCAAUGACUUUGAGCGCAAUUUGGAGAACUUGGCAUCUGGGUAUGGCUCGAGGGCUGAUUUAAUCUUACCCAUUCCACGGAAUUUUCCAUUGAAUGAUGGGUUGUGGUUUGAAAUUGAGAAUUCCACAGAUACUGGGGGGAAGGAAAUCAAAAUUCCUCAAAAUGUGUUUAGGGCUGUGUUAGAGGUGUAUGUGUCAUUCCAUGAGAGUGAUGAGUUUUGGUAUGGAAAUCCACCAAAUGACUAUCUAUUGGCUAAUAAUCUUACUGACACAGCAGGAAAGAGCAGUGCUUGGGGCACUCGCCUCCUGCACUCUCCGGCCGAUAGUUCCACUUUAAUUGGGCCACGAAAUGGGCCUUUCGGGGAAGUUGUGGUUACUCUUGAUGGAAAUGUGAUUGGUGCAAUUUGGCCUUUUACAAUGGUUUAUACAGGAGGGAUUAAUCCGCUCUUGUGGAGACCAAUUUCUGGCAUUGGAUCAUUUGAUCUCCCUUCAUAUGAUAUUGAAAUUACUCCAUUUUUAGGGAAUAUGUUGGAUGAUUUCACGGGUUUAAAUGGAACUUUCUUGACAAAAGCAAACAGGUCCAUAUCCUCAACUGGUUGGGUUAAGUCAUCUCAUGGCAAGAUCAUGACUAAAGCCAUUCAAAAGUUUAGUUAUAGUAACUCAAUGGUGAUGGGAGAUAAUGGAAAUGUUCAGAUGGUGAAUCAGGAGAUCCAUUUUGAUGACAGUGUUCAGGUCAAGAAGGCAUACACUUUCUCCAAAGCAAAGAAAUCAUGUAUGAGGUUUCUUAUCGAUUUAUACUCCAACAAUAUGGAUCAAGGAAAUAGAACUUAUUUAUCUAUAGCUAAUGUUACGCUGGGAUUUAAUGAAGAGAAGUUUGGAGUCAGAGGCUCUGGUUACAAAAUGCCUGUCAGUUCUCUCGAAAAUUUGCAGAAUGGGCAGGGCAUCAUGGUUGUUAAGAACAACUUGGUUGUCAGUGGAGUCGGGAGUACCCAACAAAAGUACAAGGAUGAAGGCAAUAACAGACAUGUAGCCGUUAAAUAAUUAUUUUUUACUGUUAAGUAACGGAUAUAUCAACUGUUUUUUAUACGAAACGAUCAAUUUGGGGUUAAAUCAAUAAAUAGUAAGAGCCAAA